AUGUCUUCAACUUCUUCAAAUCAAUUCAACUACUUCCAAAUCGAAUUACCUUGGCCAAUCAGUUAUGUUCCAGGGAUUUGUAGAGUGCUGGCAUUAAUUUAUAUUCUUCCUCCGAUCUUGUUGUUUACUUUUGAUGUUGGUAGUUAUUUACUUUUUAAAAUCUUCUUGAAACCAUUUGGUAAUUAUCCAAUGCAUGUUUAUUUCAAACAAUCUCCAAGGGAAUGGUUUGAACGUACCACAAGUUCAUCAAAAGAGCCUGCAUCUACCACUACUUCAAAUUCAAGUUCACCUAAACUUUCUUCUAAAAAUUUAAUCUCACCUAAUCAAGGGAUCCGUAAAAGAUCAUCUAAAGUUUCUAAUAAAUCAUCAUCUUCUUCCACAAAAGAAGAUCGAGAUCAAUUACAUGUUGAAGGUGUUGGAUUUGAAGGUCCAAUGUUAGAUUUCAAAAGUCCUACUGCUUCUGAUUAUGAUGAUGAUGAUGAUUCAAAUGAAAAUUCCUCAAUGCUUAACAUUUCAUAUCGUUACUUCUAUUAUAUGAUUUUCAUUCGAACAAGAUAUUUUCCAAUUGAUAAAGAAGAUAUCAACUUAAAAGUUCAAUUCUUCAAAAAAAAAAUUAUAAAUUCUUAA